CAGGAUGUCUGAAAGCACUCACAACUUAGUGUGAAGUCUUUACAGCCCUGUGUGAAGCUUCUACGCGGAUCGUCCAGCAAAAAAUAAUAAUAAAUCACUUGCCUUCCACUGGAUCAGCAUAUUCAAAAUAUAUAAGUGUUUAUUUGUGACUUUCCAGGAUUCGAGGCAGUGCGUCAGGAGACGGGGAGAUCUGCGCUGCUCGGUUAGACAUGGGGUAGUUCAUCCCUCCCCUCCGAAAAAAGGAAAAAGCGAGUCAGAAACAUGGAUGCGGAUGUACCGAAUUAAAGAAGGUUCACCUGAUGUUUGGGUGAAGAAGACCGCAGAAAAGUUGUCCAUGUCGACGAGGCUCCAGGAUGAAGAACCUGAGCGAGCUGAACAGCACCGCGCCGCCGCCGCAGCCGCACAUCACCGAGCACAACUUCCCGGCGCUUAUAUUCGGCAUUUUUCUCAUCAUAGUCAUCAUCUGCGGCAAUGUCCUGGUCUGUCUUAGUGUUUUCAGGGAAAAGGCUUUAAAGACCACGACCAAUUACUUUAUCGUGAGUCUGGCUGUGGCUGAUCUUCUGCUGGCUGUCUUGGUGUUGCCGCUGUUCGUGUACGCCGAGUUUCAGGGUGGUGUCUGGUCCUUGAACAUGGUCGUCUGUGAUGGAUUGAUGGCUAUGGAUGUGAUGCUUUGCACAGCCUCUAUAUUCAACCUGUGUGCAAUCAGCGUUGACAGGUUCAUCGCAGUGUCCGUGCCACUGAACUAUAACCGAAGGCAUGUGGACCAUCGGCAAAUCGUUCUACUUUCAGGCACCUGGCUUCUUGCCCUAGCUGUGGCCUCCCCCAUCAUUUUUGGCAUAAACAAUGUCCCAAAUCGUGACCCAACAGUGUGCAAGCUGGAGGAUGACAACUAUGUAGUGUACUCUUCCGUCUGCUCUUUUUUUAUCCCCUGCCCCAUUAUGCUCCUGCUGUACUGCGGGAUGUUCCAUGGCCUCCGUCGCUGGGAGGAGACCCGUAAGGCCAAGCUGAAGAAGAGCAUCCAGGCCUGCCGUAAGCUUCAGCAUGCUGCCGCUGCUGCCGCUCUUCCACCACUGGCAGCCUUGCCAACCCCUAUGCCUGCGUUGCCUCGUGUCAUCCAGCAAGACCUGGCUCAGUGCAACGUGGAUGAGCUUGAUGACGACAUGCAGCCAAGCUGCCCCUUACCACCGGAGUACAGUAACAGCGCCAUUCAGACUGUUGCCUAUGCUGAGAUUCAAAACACAGCCCAAAGAAAGAAGAGGGCCAAGAUCAAUGGCAGAGAGCGGAAAGCCAUGAAGGUCCUACCUGUCGUUGUGGGUGCCUUCCUUUUCUGUUGGACUCCAUUCUUCGUGGUCCAUACCACACGGGCCCUGUGCGAGACAUGCGAAAUCUCACACUACCUAAUGAGCACAGUGACAUGGCUGGGUUACGUGAACAGUGCGCUGAACCCCAUCAUCUAUACCGUCUUCAACACUGAGUUCCGCAGGUUUUUCCACAAGUUUCUACACAGCACCUGCUGUUACUCGGCUAGCAGAAUGGAUGAAACGAUAAUGAUGCCAUGAACUAUUGUAAAGAACGGGCAUAAAAAAAAAGCACAUUUGUAUGCACGUUUAUAAAGCGGUGCCGGUUAUUAUGUACAAACGACUAUGAAACUAUACACACCUGCCAUUUUAUCAGGUCCACCUACUAAUAAUAACCCAUUAUAGUAUAUCUGAUGGUAUGCAGAAUUAGUCAGCUGCCCUUUACUCUGCCUAUAAAUAUUAUCUCAGUGCUGCAGUGGUGAUGGUCUUGUGGUGGUUCCUCACUGAUGCAGCAGGGGUAAAAAAGGGAGCUGACAACUAUUCGAAUAUAUACGCAAGGUUUAUCUGAUAAAAUCGAUAAAGACGGUAAGAACAGAGCCGUUGUAUUAAGCAUCUCAGCCACUUAGUGUAGCUAUUUCCAUUUUCUGCGUUCCUUUUUUUCUACAGUAUCUCGGACUUUUGCCAAUACUUUAUAUGCCUUCGAAAACAAAAUGUAUAUUUGGCCAUUGAAUUAAAUGUGCCUAAUAUUUGCCAGGUCCACAUUUCC